AUGGGGUGCGGUAAUGGAAAGCGGGAGAACGGGGCGGGGCGAUGGAAGGAGGGAGAAUGGGGCGGGGUGAUGGAAAGCGGGAGAAUGGGGCGGGGUGAUGGGGGAAAGCAGGGAAGGGGACAUGGGGGAGCAGGGAAGGGGAUGGGGGCAAGCAGGGAAGGGAACAUGGGGAAGCAGGGAAGGGGAUGGGGGGAAGCAGGGAAGGGGACAUGGGGAAGCAGGGAAGGGGACAUGGGGAAGCAGGGAGGGGGAUGGGGGAAAGCAGGGAGGGGGAUGGGGGGAAGCAAGGAAGGGGAUGGGGGAAAGCAGGGAGGGGGAUGGGGGGGAAGCAGGGAAGGGGAUGGGGGGGAACAGGGAAGGGGAUGGGGGGAAGCAGGGAGGGGGACGGAGAUGGGGGGAAGAAGGGAAGGAGAUGGGGGGAAGCAGGAAAGGGGAUUGGGGGAAGCAGGGCAGGGGACAUGGGGAAGCAGGGCAGGGGAUGAGGGAAGCAGGGAAGGGGACAUGGGGAUGCAGGGAACGGGAUGGGGGAAAGCAGAGAAGGGAAUGGGGGGGAGCAGGGAAGUGGAUGGGGGGGAGCAGGGAGGGGUAUGGGGGGAAGCAGGGAGGGGGAUGGGGGGGAAGCAGGGAAGGGGAUGGGGGGGAAGCAGGGAGGGGGAUGGGGGGGAAGCAGGGAAGGGGAUGGGGGGGAACAGGGAAGGGGAUGGGGGGAAGCAGGGAGGGGGAUGGGGGGGAAGCAGGGAAGGGGAUGGGGGGGAACAGGGAAGGGGAUGGGGGGAAGCAGGGAGGGGUAUGGGGGGAAGCAGAGAGGGGGAUGGGGAGAAGCAGGGAGGGCUAUGGGGGGAAGCAGGGAGGGGGAUGGGGGGAAGCAGGGACGGAGAUGGGGGGAAGAAGGGAAGGAGAUGGGGGGAAGCAGGGAAGGGGAUUGGGGGAAACAGGGCAGGGGACAUGGGGAAGCAGGGCAGGGGAUGA